AUGUCUCUGAAAAACCAACAAGCCUAUCAACCGCUACCAUCUGCCGUAGCUGCCAUGGACAAUCCGGCGAUGAGCAACAGCAGCAGCAGCAGCGGGAGUAACGAUGACGUUGCCGACCUAGUUCAAAGUCGGUUACCUCCGACAUACUCGUCACAACAGCUCGUUUCGUCCGAUUCGGAUUCUAUGGAACGCCAGCAUCUACGCGGAUCUAACAUCGUACCUGGGGUUCCGGCGACUUCCCAUAAACAAUGGUUUGCCGUAGCGGUGCUUUGCUUUGUUAAUCUCAUCAACUACAUGGAUCGAUUCACAAUUGCGGGUGUUUUGACGGACGUAAAGAAAACCUUUGCCAUAGACAAUGAUUCUGCUGGCCUCUUGCAGACAGUUUUCGUACUGUCUUAUAUGGUAUUCGCACCGCUCUUUGGCUAUAUGGGCGAUCGCUAUUCGCGUCGUUGGCUGAUGGUGGUGGGCGUGGCUCUGUGGUCAACAACAACAUUGUUCGGCUCAUUCAUGAAGACUUUUGGCGGAUUCAUAACAUUCCGCGCUCUGGUCGGCAUCGGCGAAGCCUCCUACAGCACAAUAGCGCCAACGAUUAUCUCCGAUUUGUUUGUGGACAGCAUGCGUUCCAAAAUGUUGGCGCUUUUCUAUUUUGCCAUACCAGUGGGCUCUGGACUUGGCUAUAUUGUGGGAUCAAAGACGGCGGAACUGGCUCAAGACUGGCGCUGGGCAUUGCGUGUCACGCCCGCUCUGGGCAUUACGGCCGUGGUGCUGCUCUCGCUGCUGAAGGAUCCGAAACGCGGCGAAAGCGAAGGCGUCGAGCAGGUCGAACGCGCCAGCUUCUGUGUGGAGCUCAAGGAUCUGCUGAAGAAUCGCUCCUUUAUGCUGUCCACGGCUGGCUUCACCUGUGUCGCCUUUGUGACCGGCGCCCUGGCCUGGUGGGGACCCAACUACAUUCAUCUCGGCCUCAAGAUGCAGCCGGGCAACGAGAAUCUCAAGCAAGAAGACAUCUCCUAUAAGUUCGGCCUGGUCGCCAUGGCCGCCGGCCUAAUCGGCGUCCCGCUGGGCUCGGCCCUGGCCCAAUACUAUCGCACGCGCAUCCCCAACUGUGAUCCCUAUAUAUGCGGCAUCGGCCUGUUCAUAUCGGCGCCGAUGGUCUUCAUCGGCCUGGUCCUGGCGCGCAGCAAUGGGGCGCUCUGUUUCCUGUUUGUGUUCAUCGCGCAGGUGGCGCUCAAUCUCUGCUGGUCCAUUGUGGCCGAUAUAUUGCUGUACGUGGUUGUGCCAAUGCGUCGUUCCACAGCCGAAGCUGUCCAAAUUCUCGCAUCCCAUGCACUGGGAGAUGCCGGCAGUCCGUACCUGGUGGGCGCUAUAUCGACAGCUAUUAAGAACAAGAUGCUGGCACAGUCCAGGACCGUUGAUAGCGACGUGAUAAAAAGUAUGUCCCAAUUGGCGGAAAAUGCCACAGAAAUUGUCACAGAUACACUACGCUUAAGGUCGGCUGAGGAUGUUUACACCUUCGAAUCGCUGCAGUAUUCGCUGUUCUCCACCACCUUUGUUGAGGUGCUGGGCGGCGUCUUCUUCCUGAUAACCGCCUGCUACAUUAUAAAGGACAAGGCCAGGGCGACAGCCGCUGUUCGAGAAUACAGCGAGCAGCAACGGCAGCAGCAGCCGCAGCAGCAGCCGCAGCGCAUCACUAACAAUGACUAAUAUCAGCCGAUCCGGGAAGCUUUGUUACACACCCAACGCGAAGGGAUUUUGUGUGAAAUGGCACUGACUGAGUAUCAUCUUUAAAAUUUUUAUUUAUAUACAUACGUAUGUCUUAUACGAAAUCAUCAGCGAAUCAUCAUGCAUUGGAAUAAGAUAUUCAUAAAUGUUA